AGUCAGUGCGCCGUUAGCCGCAGGACAACAGAGGAUAGGCUGGGAAACUGGCCGCCGGGAAAGUAAAGGCUCCAUAGUCAUGCCUUGAAAAGGGGAAGAGUGUGAAAUUGCUGUUAAUGGAGAGAAAUUACAUUCACCUGGAGUUUUAAAAAUGAUUGAAACCAUGGAUACACAACGUGCCUUGCAGGCGGUAGAGCGUCUCCAGGCCAAACUGAAGGAGCGAGGGGAGGUGCCCACUGAGGAGAAGCUCAGCCUGCUCAAAUCAGUGCUCCAGAGCCCCCUCUUCCACCAGAUCCUGGCCUUGCAGAAGUCUGUCCAGCAUCUCAGAGACCAGGGAAGUGUCCCAGCAUCACAUGGGAGUGACCCUGUGGAUCACAUCACAGCAGUGAAGCCCAAUGGAAGCCAUGUUUCCUAUCCAGAUCUAUCAGCUGCUACACACGUUAAUGGCAAAACAUCAUCCGAAGAAUUCGAGCAUAUUAUUCAGUCCAUGGCACAGGGGCGCUACGUGACACACGUGGAGCUGCAGAAGCCAGUGUCGGGAGGUCUGGGCUUCAGCGUAGUGGGCCUGAAGAGCGAGAACCGUGGGGAGCUCGGCAUCUUCAUCCAGGAAAUUCAACCGGGAAGCGUGGCUCAUUGUGAUGGGAAGCUCAAAGAAGCUGACCAGAUCUUGGCCAUUAAUGGCCAGCCCCUGGACCAGACAGUGACCCACCAGCAGGCUAUAGGCAUCCUGCAGAGUGCUUCAGAGAAGGUGCAGCUCACAGUGGCUCGAGGACCAAUACCUCAGCUGGCCAGCCCUAUGGUGUCCCGCACGCCGUCUGCUGCUAGUACACUGUCAGCCAACUCUAGCGCGUGGCAGCAUGUGGAGACUAUUGAGCUGGUCAACGACGGCACUGGCCUUGGAUUUGGUAUUGUUGGAGGCAAGACCACUGGGGUUAUUGUCAAAACCAUCCUUCCUGGAGGCAUAGCUGAUCAGGACGGCCGCCUGCGCAGCGGAGACCACAUCCUAAGAAUUGGAGACACUGACCUGUAUGGUAUGGGCAGUGAGCAGGUGGCGCAGGUCCUCAGGCAGUGUGGCAACAGGGUGAAGCUGGUGGUGACCAGGGGUCCAGUAGAUGAGAAUCCCUGUGUCUCUGCUGUCAUGCCCGUGGUGCUUCCCACUGUCAAUGAACAACAGGGAUAUGAGGAAGAGGAGAGCGAAGCAUUUGAUGUGAGCCUUACCAAGAAUACCCAGGGACUAGGGAUCACUAUUGCCGGCUAUGUUGGAGAUAAAAAUUCAGAGCCCUCUGGUAUUUUUGUUAAGAGUAUAACAAAAGACAGCGCCGUAGAUCAAGAUGGCCGUAUUCAUGUGGGAGACCAGAUAAUAGCUGUCGAUGGUGUAAACAUACAAGGAUACACCAAUCAGCAGGCUGUGGAAGUACUCAGGCACACCGGCCAGACAGUUCAUCUUAAGCUGAUCCGACGGGGCUUCAGGCCUGACGAGAUCCCCCCUGCUGUGGCCCCCAGCGUCACCGUCCUGCCCCCUUCCACCACCAUCCUCCCCACUACCACCACAGUAAUGAGGGAGCUCGAGCUAGAGAGGAAGAAGGCUGAGGAGGCUGCUCAAGUCACCACAGAUGAAAAGCCGCUCCAGACAAAGAGUGAAGGAUCUGAUGUCAGCCCAGCCACGGAUCAGCUAACAGAAGACAAACAUGGGAUGAAGUUAACACUCUCUGAAGAAGAAGAAUUAAUGAAGAAAUGGCAGGAGAUUCUGGGUCCAAGUAAUGAGGCGGUGGUGGCUCAGGUGGAGAAGUUUAGCGCGAACAGUGGCCUGGGGAUAAAUCUGGAAGCCAACAGUGGGCAUCAUUACAUCCGCUCUGUUCUGCCUGAGGGACCUGUUGGUCGCAGUGGCAAGCUGUUCAACGGAGAUGAACUGCUUGAGGUGAAUGGCAUAUCUCUGAUUGGUAAGACCCACAAGGAGGUCAUCAGAAUCUUGAGGGAGCUUCCACUCUGUGUAUACAUGACAUGCUGUAGGCCCGCCCCUCACCUGCAGACUGAUUUGGAUGCUGUCCAACCGCAGCCAGAGGUUUUGUCUUCAACACCUCAAUUAAAGAAACAAAUAGACCUGAGCAGCGUACUGGUUACUGAAGACUCAGAGGUGAAUGCAGCAGCAGCAACACAGGAUAAUGUGACAGAGGAGGCAAUAGGAACUCCUUUGGCUAUGUGGGAGCUGGAGAUCCAGAAUAUCGAGCUCGAGAAGGGAGAAGGAGGAUUGGGAUUCAGCAUUUUGGACUACCAGGACCCACUGGACCCUGCCAAGACAGUGAUCGUGAUUCGUUCCCUGGUUCCAAACGGUGUGGCUGAACAGGAUGGCAGACUGUUGCCAGGGGACCGACUCAUGUAUGUUAACACCACCAACCUGGAGAACGCCAGUCUGGAGGAUGCCGUCCAGGCCCUGAAGGGGGCAAAGCUCGGCAAAGUCCAGAUAGGAGUCGCCAAACCACUGCCUGGAAUAUGUGGAUAUUCCCACUCUUCACACCCAUAUGGUGAGCAGGAAAUAACUUCAUCAUCCACCAUCCAUUCAUUUGACUUCAACAGUAUUUUGGUUGAAGAAGGAGAGGAAGAAGAUCUGGCUGAGGGCAUCGUUUACCGAGCAGAGCCGGCAUUGAUUGACACCAGUGAAGCAGACCUAUCUGAUGAGAAGGUGUUAGAUCAUACUUACUCUGGGGCAGAGGAUGACACUUUCCAGGCAUCCAUGAUUGCUCUUCAUGGCAGCAGCUGUAGUGCAGAUCUGGAUUACUUGCACUCAUCCACACCUAAGCUGACAGCUCGCCUGGACUUGUUGGAUGAGCAUCCCUGCUUUACAACACCGCCCGGCCUCGGAGACAACACUCAAGUGUUCUCACCAGAGAAGUCAGGCUCUUACACUCCUCCGAGUCUGAGAGGACACGUUCCAGCUUUUAAUGCCAUAUUAAGCAGUUCUGAUCAGUACCUGGCUCAGCACUUGACCAAAGAAGAACCAGUGGAGGGCUCAAACUCAUACAGCCCGUUCAGUGAAAUAGGGACCAGAUCUAAUGUAGAGGAGGCACCUGUGGAGUCCCUUCACUACCAGACGGAGCAACCCAUCUCUUUUGGAGAUAUUGGAGAUAUAAAGAUUUUGAUGAAGGAUGAGGAGGCUGGCGUGAAGGAAUCAGCAGAUGACGGUGACAAGGAAGUGCUGACCUCGGGGAGCAAUUUUGAAAGGACUAUCACAGUUGUCAAGGGCAACUCCAGCCUCGGUAUGACGGUGAGCGCCGUGAAAGAUGGCCUGGGGAUGCUGAUCCGCAGUAUAAUCCACGGUGGGUCGAUUAGCCGUGAUGGACGUCUCGGUGUUGGUGACCUCAUCCUGGCCAUCAACGGAGAGCCCACUGCCAACCUCACCAACGCCCAGGCUCGUGCCAUGCUGCGAAGACACUCUCUCAUUGGACCAGACCUGGGAUCUGCUUGUUCACCUGAGGAAGAUCUGUGCCCAUUUUAUGUCAUUACAUAUGUUCCAGCAGAGUAUCUAGAGGAGUACAAGGCCAGCCUAGAGCAGGCUAAAGACGAUGUCUUCUCUGAAGCUGCUCCAGCUGUUCCACCUCCAGCUCCAAAAGAUAUCCCUAACCUCCCUGAGCGUGAAGAUGGAGAGGGAGAGGAAAGUGCCUCUUACAGCAACUGGAACCAACCCAGGAAAGUGGAGCUGUUCAGAGAACCAGGCAAGUCCCUGGGCAUCAGUAUCGUCGGAGGCCGAGGGAUGGGCAGCCGUCUGAGUAAUGGAGAGGUGAUGAGGGGAAUUUUUAUCAAACACAUCCUGGCAGACAGUCCUGCUGGACAAAACGGGACCCUGAAAACGGGGGACAGGAUUGUUGAGGUGGAUGGAGUAGACCUAAGAGAUGCUAGUCACGAAGAGGCAGUGGAGGCCAUACGCAGGGCAGGCAACCCUGUCUCCUUUUUGGUCCAGAGUAUUAUUCACAGGCCCAGGUCAUCGGUAACAGACUCCAGUGAGGACAGAUCUGCACCUGUAACGAGAGACAGCAAGGACAAGGAGGGUGACAGUCACAGUAGACUUUUCCUCCGCCUCUCCCCAACUAACCCUUUCACUCCUACCCCAUUUAAGCCGGCGAAGCGUGAAGCAGCAAAGGCAUCUCCCACCAGCACUGUCCUCCCCCUGCCAGUGGUGCCCCAUGUGGGAGAGACUGAUACAGACACACUGACGGAGAUUCCUGGCAGACCUGCUGAGGCAGAGGAGGAGAACGAAGAGGAGGAGGAGGUGGAGGAUGAGUUUGGAUACAACUGGAAGAACAUAAUCCAGCGCUAUGGCAGCCUCCCAGGUGUCCUACACAUGAUUGAGCUGGAGAAAGGCAAGACAGGCUUGGGCCUCAGCCUGGCGGGGAACAGGGACCGCUCUCGCAUGAGCGUGUUCGUGGUGGGAAUAGACCCCAGUGGGGCGGCGGGCAGGGACGGACGUAUGGUUGUGGGGGAUGAGCUGCUGGAGAUCAAUGGGCAAGUCCUCUAUGGCCACAGUCACCAGAACGCAUCCUCCAUAAUCAAGAGCUCUCCAUCCAAUGUCAAAAUCAUCUUUAUCAGGAACACAGAGGCGCUGAACCAGAUGGCUGUAGGACCUGUGAGAGAACACGAGGGAGACACGGUGGAGCCCCACACUGAGCUAGAAACAGCUGCUGCGAAUGGAGAUGCUGAUGCUUCAAAAUACAUCCAUCACAUCAUAAAGCUGAAGGAGGACGGAGGACUUGGUAUCACCUUUGUUGAGGGAAACACGGACAAUGGAGUUGAAAUUCAGAGUAUAUCUGAAGUGAAGGGACACACUGGCAAAGAAGGCUGCAUGAAACCGGGGGACAAACUCUUAGCUGUGAAUGGUGAAUCAGUGCUGGGGUGCACUGUGGAAAAGGUCAAAUCUCUACUGAGAAAAGCUAAAGGUCCAGUGAAGCUCACCUUCUCUACAAAUGAGACGUCCUCCUCCUUCUCUUCUCUCCAGUCAACCUUCCAGGAUGGCGGUUGCUCAGAUGGGGUCCUCGCCAGCCUACCUAGCAUGCCAAGCACCACCACAGCUACACUGAGUCCAGCAGAGGCAGAAGCAGUCACUAGUCUGAGUCGCUCCUCCACCCCUUCCACUCUGGCCUGUGACCCAGCGACCUGUCCCAUCAUCCCUGGCUGUGAGACCACCAUUGACAUCUCCAAGGGCCGCACAGGCCUGGGCCUCAGCAUCGUGGGAGGUUGUGACACCCUGCUGGGGGCCAUCAUUAUCCAUGAAGUUUAUGAGGAAGGGGCAGCCUCUAAAGAUGGCAGGCUGUGGGCAGGAGACCAAAUCCUAGAGGUGAAUGGCAUCGACCUGCGCGCAGCCAGUCAUGACGAAGCCAUCAACGUGCUUCGGCAGACUCCCCAGAGGGUUCGGCUGACAGUCUACAGGGACGAGGCCCAGUACAAGGAGGAAGACCUGUGGGACUCAUUCACUGUGGAGCUGCAUAAGAAGCCUGGCCAGGGCCUGGGCCUCAGCAUUGUGGGGAGGAGAUCACGGGACCAGAGGAAUGACACAGGAGUGUUUGUGUCAGACAUUGUGAAGGAAGGUUUGGUGGACACUGAUGGCAGACUGAUGCAGGGCGACCAGAUCCUGUCAGUCAACGGUGAGGACGUCAGGUCGGCCACUCAGGAGGCCGUGGCUGCGCUGCUGAAGUGCUGCGUGGGGCCUAUAAAAAUGGAAGUGGGGAGAUUUAAAGCUGGCCCCUUUCACUCUGAAAGAAGGUUGUCCCAAAGUAGUCAGAUGAGUGAAACAGGCAGUUCCAAGGCGACCUCUCAGGCGUGUUCAGACUCUGGAAACCUUCAAGGUGACCUUGACAAACAAAGCUGGAGUCAGGAAUCUCCAGAGCAUCAGGACACCAGAACAGUGGAGUUCACUAAAGGUCCCAACGAUUCUCUGGGUAUCAGUAUAGCAGGCGGCGUGGGCAGCCCUCUGGGUGACAUACCCAUCUUUAUCGCCAUGAUGAAUCCUGUCGGCCUGGCUGCUCAGACUCAGAAGCUCAAGAUUGGGGACCGAAUUGUCAGUAUCUGUGGAACAUCUGCUGAAGGCAUGAGCCACUCACAGGCAGUCACUCUGCUCAAGAAUGCCACAGGCACAAUACAGCUGCAGGUGGUAGCAGGUGGUGACACAAGCGUGACGGGGCCCUCUCCGGAUCAGGCAGCUGGAGGUCUCACACCCAGCUGCAUUUUCCAGGAUGACCUCGGCCCACCUCAGUACAAGGCCAUCACUCUUGAAAGAGGACCAGAUGGACUAGGUUUCAGUAUAGUUGGAGGGUACGGUAGCCCCCAUGGAGACUUGCCUAUCUAUGUUAAAACAGUUUUUGGAAAGGGAGCAGCAGCGGAGGACGGGCGUCUGAAACGAGGAGACCAGAUAAUGGCUGUGAACGGGCAAACUCUGGAGGGCGUCACCCAUGAAGAAGCCGUGGGCAUCCUGAAAAGGACCAAAGGAACUGUCACACUCACUGUGCUAUCAUAGACACAUAUAUACAAACACACACACACAAUAUUCACUACUUUUCCUACACUAAUAAUUACAC